CUACGAUCCCCAAUAUAUUUUGUCAAAAACUAACAUCUAACCAUCUUUAAUUAAUAAGUAUUACCGCUAACAUUAACAUAGCAUAUUAAAUACAUAACAAUUUUGCUCUUCCCCUCACUACAAAAAUCAAAACCUCUUCGAUCCACAAGUUUACAAAUUGGUCACAAAUUUAGCAGCCACAAAUUGACAAUUAUUUACGACCAGUGCAUGGGAAAUUGCUUAAGGACUGAGCUGGUUCACCCGCUGAACAAUAGCGAAAAAGAUGUCGAUAAAAGUUCAUCGAAUUGCAAUGUACGAAUUAAGGUGAAGAUUACUAAGAAGCAACUAAUGGAGUUGAUGGCUCGGGUGGAUUUGAGCAAUGGUGGUGCAGAGCUUGGCCGUGUUAUUCUACAAGAAUGCUUAGACGGUAAGCUAACUGCUCGUGUUGUCGGCGGCGGCCAUGGUUUAGGUUUGGCAUCGGAAGCUACAAAUUGCAAAAAUUUGGCUACCAUCAAGGAAGACUAACGUGUGUAUUUUUUCACUUUUAUAAGAGGGAUU